CCGGGACCUUUACUUAGCACUUCUCAUUCUAACGCCCGCAGAUGAACGAAUCUCACAUCCUAUAUCUAUUUAUACAAGGUGAUAUCAGAUUACAAAAUAAUAGUAUUGGAAAUAAGUUAAGAAAAUUCCUAAAUAAGUCAGAACGCCUUCCGAUGUAAGAAAAAUGAAAGUCAAUCUAAUGUAAUUUUUUUUUUUAAUUAAAAGCGCUCGUCUGGGAUGGUAUUUGAAGUAUAUUUUUUAUUUGAUCGAAUUUAGCAGUCUUUCCUCGACGAAAAAACGUGUGAAAACAUAACAAAAAGAGUAAUGACUGUUUGCGGUAUUUACAUAUCCACCACCUUGUAUAUACAAGCCAGCUCUAUACAAGCUUUCGAAAGAUAUUUUUUUGGCGCGACAUAAAUCAGUAAAGAGCAGCCUUCCUGGCCUGUCUGAUAUUUUCAUGGCUCUGUACUCCUGUUCGCUGAUUGUGUGAUGCAAUGAAUUCAUUUUUACGGACAUGAUGACGUGACGCAUGUACUGGGAAUUGCGUGAUACUUGCGUGACCUAGCUACUGUUGCGUGACGUCUGCAUGGCUCUGUAUUCUGACUCUCCUACGGCGCAAAUCCUCGUUCUCUUUGUCCUGUCCCUAUUCGUCGUAGCAGACCUUGUUGGAAACAUCCUCGUCUGUCUAGUUGUCCACAAAAACCCGCGCAUGCGCACACCAAUGAACAUCAUCCUCUUCAACCUCGCCAUCUGUGACAUCACUGUUGCCAUGGGAAUGACGUCAAAGUACAUCAUCACGAAAUUCUUUCAACACCCUACAGGCGAUUGCGGCAGAUAUCUGUGUACCUUCAUAACAUCCGGGAACCUCACCUGGGUAGGAGGCCUGGCCUCUGUGUUUUGCCUUGUGUCAUUAGCAUACGAGCGUUACUCUGCUAUUGUGAACCCCAUCAAUAUACACAAACGGACCUCUAAAACAAGCGCCAAAAUCCUAUGUAUAAUAGCUUGGAUUACGUCUAUCAUGAUUUGCAUACCAGAGUUUUUUGGACACCAGUAUAGCAAGGAAAGAGAAGUCUGCUACCAGCGGUGGCCCGCCGACGAGUGGUUACCUCAGGCGUACAGCAUGUUCUGGCUGUUUAUCGUUGGUUUUAUCCCGUCUACUCUUCUAGUGUUUUAUUAUUCAAGAAUCGUGCGUUCGCUCUGGUUUGCUGAGCAUCCGUCACAGGAAGCGCAUGCGCAGAUGGCGGCUCUGCGGUACCGUAAGAGUGUAACAAAGAUGCUGAUUGGUAUAAGUGUCAUUUAUAUGAUCGGCUGGAUGCCAACGCUUUUUGUGUUUGUACUCGUCUACUGGCACACUGGAUAUCAGGUUGGGCAGGUAAUAGGAGCAGUGACCGCGAUACUUGUUGUGUUUAAUUCAGCGGUCAACCCAUACGUGUAUGCGCUUCAGAGCAAAAGCUUCAGAAAACAAUUGAAGCGCUACUUGGUCUGCUGCUGUCAAUGUCAGUACGAGGUGCAGCCAAUCUCGAGCCUCGCUGCAGUGAAAUCUGGCCGACAACUGUUUCCUAAUAUGGCUUACGGAGCUCAUUCAAAUGCAGCUGUUGAAGUGGUCGAGCUACAAAAUGUCAGAAAACGAAGCGAGGAAGGAAACUUGUCAAAGGCCGCUUAAUGAGCCGAUAUGACGGUGUCACCUAGAGGUUGGUACUUCAUAUACUCAAGAUUUGUAAUAACCUGCCGAACACACAGGGACAAUGGCCAUGCCUUUUUUUAUAUCUAUUCAUUGAUCUAAUCAAUCAAAAUUCCCAAAAAGUUGCGUUCUUUUAAGGGCCCUUGUCAGACAAACCUUUGUUGGUAUUUAUGUAUCUAUAAAUGUAUCCAAAAUUAGUAGGCAAGUUUUUAAAGAAAUGUUUAUAAUUUAGCUGCCAAUUUCCAUUGAAAAUAUCCAACAACUUUCUCAGAUCCGCUUGAUAUAUAGAGAAUACUACAUGGAAAGUGCACGCGUACGGUUUUUAUUCACGAGAUGUGCAGUAUCAAAACACGAACGAGUAAGCGCAGCAAACGAGUGAGUUUUCUUUUAUACGAAACAACGAGUGAAUAAAAACUGUACAAAGCACUUUCCAUGCUGUAUUUUGUUUAUUAUAUACAUGCUGAGAAAUUUAUAAUAAGCUUAUUACAUAACAUUUUAUUAGACGGUUCAGUUGAAGACAGACAGAAACUUACAUUAAAAUGAAUCUGUCUCGCUAAUGUCAGGCGAUAUUGAGAGUAGCAAAUCUAUUGCAGGGUUCAAAAUAGUCUUUUUAAAUCUGCUAGAUUUUGCCGGCUUUGUGGAUUUUGUUGGGGAAAAAAAGCUUACAUACUCUAAAAUAUUAGAGGAAAAAUAGAAAAAAAAAAAACAGAAAAAAAGAGCCGGCAAAGACCAGAAAACAGCCUAUCGCCGGCAGCUAUUUUGAACCCUGUAUUGUCUUCCAUUUGAAACGCUUUGUAUUCAAUUUUCACAGUAAAAUUUUAUUCUCUUGCUCAAUGGAGCUCAAUAACAAAAGUGACAUGCAAAGCUACCCGUCUCCCCGCGUUGAGAUUGAAGCCAUUCAAGUGCAGUGAAAAAAUAUCGUGCGAAUGUGAAAAAAACAUCGUUCGCGCCUCUGAUUUGCUGAGUCCAGUAACGAACGAGUAUUUCUCAGUAUUUAUGUAAUAAAAAUGGAUACUAUCUC